AACCCCCCCUCUCUAAAAACGAUCUCUAUAUACAAUUUGGAAAGGAGAUCCAUGGCCGAGGAUGAAGUCCUCGUUGAAGUCGAAGCUGUUCAAUCAGUAUACGGCGACGACUGCGUUGUUCUUGACAGAUACCCUCCCCAUCUCCACAUUUACAUCAAGCCCCGAACUGCAGAUGUCUCGUCCCAACAGUUUGUGGAAGCAGUCCUUGGGAUACAAGCAGGUCCUCAGUAUCCUGAAGAACCACCUCAUAUUAAUAUUAUUGAGUCCAAAGGUCUUGAUGUGCAAAGGCAAAAGAAUCUGAUAACUAGUAUUUCUGACAAAGCUCAUGAACUUUCCUCUUGUCUAAUGCUUGUAGCACUUUGUGAGGAAGCAGUGGAAAGGCUCUCUAGCAUGAAUCACCCUGAUGGGAAUUGUCCGUUGUGUCUGUUUCCUCUGGUUGAAGAACCGUUUAUGAAAUUGAUGUCUUGUUUUCACUGCUUUCAUUGUGAGUGUAUUAUUAGGUGGUGGAAUUGGCUACAGACACAAACAGAAACAGAUCCAAAACAUUCAUCUCGUGCUGUACAUCCUUCCAGAGAUAAAGGAAAUCAACAAGGCAUUCAUGCCACAACGGAAGAUAGUAUGGGUAGCUGCCCUGUAUGUCGUAAGCUUUUCCAUGCGAAGGAUAUUGAGCAUGUGCUUGACUUGGUUGAAACUCAUUCUCAGUUGAGUUCCAAUGGAACCGAUGUCAAUGACAGGCUGCUUCAAUGUGAUUCAGAGAACAUUAGAAGACAGAAAUUUGAGGCCAUAUUAAAAAUACAGCAAGAGAACAGUGGCUUAAUUGAACCCAAAAGAAAUGAAGUAUUGUUGCCGGGUAUGUUUCUUCCCCGGCCGAUCGCACCUCCCACAACUGUGUUGGACAAAGAAGCCACCGAGCAAGACCAAGAUCCAGCAGUGAACUCCGGAACAAAUUUAAGUGGUUCCUUGAAUAGGCCUAGCACCAGUGGGCAGAGAAACUCGGGCAUGAGGAAACACAGAGUACGAAACUCAAGAAAACCAGUCAAGCAGUGGAUGAAGAAAGACGAUGUGAAAUAAGCUAGGAAUGAAAUUUUGAAGUUUUUCUUGGUGCUUCCUAUAACUAUAUUUAAAAAUCAAAAAUCAAAAUGAAAAAAAUGUUUCUUUCAUCAAUGGACUGACUGGUUAAAAUCUGGCUUAUAGAUUUAUCAUGUCCCUUUUUCUUUGGAUAAUGUAUCAUGAUACUUAAAUCUAGAGUAUGAAAUACAAAUUCGUAUGAAUUUCAAAAUUUGAUUUUGUUGUAA